UCUCAGGGCUGCUUCGCGUGGUCUCGGAGCUGAAGCCUGCACUUUGAUUUGGGUGCGUCUGUCUGGUUCGUUCACGGCCCUGCGAGCUUGUUUCCCGGCUUCAUGGCCGGGCUGACCCUGUUCGUGGGCCGCCUCCCUCCUUCCGCCCGCAGUGAGCAGCUGGAGGAGCUGUUCAGCCAGGUGGGGCCGGUGAAGCAGUGCUUCGUAGUGACUGAGAAAGGGAGUAAGGUGUGUCGAGGCUUUGGCUAUGUCACGUUUUCUAUGCCAGAAGAUGUUCAGAGAGCCCUCAAGGAGAUUACCACCUUUGAGGGCAGCAAGAUCAAUGUGAGCAUUGCCAAGAAAAAGCUGAGGAACAAGUCCAAGGAAAAGGGAGGAAAGGAAAAUUCAGAGUCCCCAAAGAAGGAGCAGAAGCCUAAAAAAGCCAAAGUGGCAGAUAAGAAAGCCAGAUUAAUUAUUCGGAAUCUGAGCUUUAAGUGUUCGGAAGACGACUUGAAGACAGUGUUUGCUAAGUAUGGAGCUGUCCUAGAAGUUAGCAUCCCCAGGAAGCCAGAUGGAAAGAUGCGUGGUUUUGCUUUUGUUCAGUUCAAAAACCUCCUAGAAGCAGGAAAGGCUCUCAAAAGUAUGAACAUGAAAGAGAUAAAGGGGCGGAUGAUAGCUGUGGAUUGGGCCGUAGCAAAAGAUAAAUAUAAAAGUACACAGUCUGCCUCUGCCCCAGGUGAGGAGAAGAGACCUGAACCUAAACAUCAGCAGUUAGGUAAAGAGAAUGGCAGGAAAGCAGAGGGUAGAGGAGAAGAGGAUCGUGAUGAUGAUGGUCAUAUGGAAGAAGAAGAAGAAGAAGGUGAUGAUGAUGAUGAUGGUGAUGAUGAUGAUGAAGAAGAGGAGGAGAAGAGGAAAGAAUCAAAGGUGGCCAAGCCUGUGCAAAUUCACAAGAGAGCCGCCAACAGAGCAGCGCCCCCAGAAAGCAGCGAGGAGGACCCGUCUGAGGAGGACAGCGGCCUGGAGGACAGCGAUGGAGGUGAUGGUGGAGAGGAACUGGCUCAGAGCGACACAGACACGGAAAGGCAGGAGGAUGAAGGUGUACAAGUUUCAAAGAAAAAGAAGCGGAAAUUACCCUCUGAUGUGAAUGAAGGGAAAACUGUUUUUAUAAGAAACCUGUCCUUUGACUCAGAGGAAGAAGACCUUGGCGAGCUCCUCCAGCAGUUCGGAGACCUGAAAUAUGUCCGCAUUGUCCUGCAUCCGGACACAGAGCAUUCAAAAGGCUGCGCGUUUGCUCAGUUCAUGACUCAAGAGGCAGCUCAGAAGUGCCUUGCAGCUGCUUCUCCAGAGGCUGAGGGUGGUGGGCUGAAACUGGAUGGCCGGCAGCUCAAGGUGGACUUGGCAGUGACCCGUGACGAGGCUGCAAAACUCCGGACCAAGAAGGUGAAGAAGCCGAGUGGGACCCGGAACCUGUACCUGGCCCGCGAAGGCUUGAUUCGUGCUGGGACGAAGGCUGCAGAGGGUGUGAGCGCUGCCGAUAUGGCCAAAAGAGAACGGUUUGAGCUACUGAAGCAUCAGAAACUGAAGGACCAGAAUAUCUUCGUCUCCCGCACCAGGCUCUGCCUGCACAAUCUUCCCAAGGCUGUGGAUGACAAACAGCUCAGAAAGCUGCUGCUGAAUGCCACCAGCGGGGAAAAGGGGGUGCGCAUCAAGGAGUGUCGGGUGAUGCGGGACCUCCGAGGAGUUCGUGGGAAGAUCAAGGGUCAGUCCCUGGGCUACGCCUUCGCGGAGUUCCAGGAGCACGAGCACGCCCUGGCAGCCCUGCGCCACGUCAACAACAACCCCGAGAUCUUUGGGCCUCAGAAGAGGCCGAUAGUGGAGUUCUCUUUGGAAGAUCGAAGGAAGCUUAAAAUAAAGGAACUGAGGAUCCAGCGCAGCCAGCAACAAGUGAAAUCCAAGUCCACGGCUGGUGAGCCCCAGCAGGAGCAGCAACAGAAAGCAGCUCAAAACCACACUGUGGAGCAAAGCGAGGCCCCCCCAGAGCGGAAGGGGAGGGCGGGCUCUGCGUCGUGGUCCGGAUUCCAGACCAAGGCCGAGGUCGAGCACGUGGAGCUGCCCGAUGGGAAGAAGAGAAGGAAGGUGCUGGCACUCCCCUCACACCGAGGCCCGAAAAUUAGGUUGCGGGACAAAGGCAAAGUGAAGUCUCUCCCUCACAAAAAGCCAAAGCCCCAGGUAAACCAGCGGCAGCAAGAGAAGCAGAAAUCCUCCUCCAAGCAGGUGCCUAAGAAGAAAGCUAAGGGAAAUAAGACAGAAAAGCGCUUCAACCAGUUGGUGGAACAGUAUAAGCAGAAACUAUUGGGACCUUCUAAAGGCGUGCCUCUUGCGAAGAGGAGCAGAUGGUUUGACAGUUGAUGAUGCCGGCAGACUGGACAAGAAGCCAGACUGCGCGCUUCUCGGUAGAGCUCCCUGGCCCAGCCCACCCCUCCCCUCGGUGUCUGUGCUGAGGGAAGGAAACCCCCUGAGGGCACCGUCAGUGUGUGGGGUGGCUCCCCGGGCUGCGCACACCCGGACUUCGUGCAGUUAGUUAACCGUGAAGAGAGAGAUCAGAAAAACAUUGUGAUGCUUCUUGCACAUUAUCCAGAUUAUCAUGUGAACUUGUGUCUGUAGUUAUUGCCCAUUUUAAUUCUCUGUUUCUCAAAUGGAAACAAUUGUAAAAUGCAUUCUUGAGUGCUGAAUUUUUAAAAUGUAUAUUUUUAGUGUCUUCUCUAAAUAAGAUAUUUUGUGGCUUUUUGAGUAACAGCCUCUCAUUUCUACUAUAUGUGAGUCCUUUAUUAUUUAUGGACAUUUUUGACAACCCUAACUCCAGUUUCAGAGUCCUAUGUGCUGCAGGAAUUGAUUAAGAAGGAGCAGAGAAAAAUCAUUUCCAAUCUAAUCUCUGAGGGUGGGGAAACUCACUCGGAAAGUAAUUGAGGGCAGCGGGGCCUGGCAGAGAGCAAUAUCUGAUAACUGUUUGCCAAGUGAGUGGGUUAUUGGUGGUAGUUGACAGGAAGUCAGCUGUCAGUGGUCUGCAGACUGCAGCCUGGCCGGUGAUACCCGGAGUUUUCUGUCACUGGGCGCCUCCCCCUAGGGACGUAGGGGGCGGAGGUGGCCGACAGGGCAGUGAGCUUGAGGCCUGGGCUGUCGCCUGACCGGCCUUCACCUAACGGAUGGUCUGGAACCAGACACAGACUCUCUGGGUCUUAGUUUACUCACCGAUGCAAUGAGGAGUUUAACUAAAAAUUUCGUGUGAUCCUUCCCAGCUCUAAACUCAAUUUUGUACGCAUGUUCAUAUUCUUUCUCUUACUAACCUCCCAGCAGGGAGAGAUGACUUUCAUUACUUUUCAGAAUUUCUGGUGUCACAAAAGCUGGGAGGGAGGGUGAACACUAAGAAAGUGGAGGUCCGAGAGGAUCACGAUAGCCUGGAGGGACGGAGUGCGUUUGACCUGAUGAAGACCACCGGGAACAAACGUAAAUUCCCUCUGGUGGGAGGGUCUGAGCCUGCAUUAUGCAGGAAUAGCACGGCUGCCACAGUGUAACAGGCUGUGCUGACGGACGUGGGGUGUCUCCAGUAAGCCUCUAGUUCUCUGCGCUGGCCAGACCACACCUGUAAGACACGUGUGAUGACGGAGCUGGCCAAGGAAAUCAAAAUGUCACAUGGAAACUAAACUGGUCAUGAGUUGGUUGCUCUUGGUCUUGGGUAAAUAAAGAUUUGUUAUACUGUU